AUGGCGGCCCUAGUACCCGUAUACGACAGCGAGGAUGAUAUACCAGAAGUUGACUUACAGUUUUCUGUCAAAAUCCAACCAUACAUGUAUGAACCUAUAAGAAGUCAAGGACAAGAGUCACAUGAAUCAUCUGAUGACGAUUCUGGCCGCUCAGAUUCGGACGGAGAAGCCUUCUUAUUAGAAAGUUCCGACAGGUUCGCCGUUUCUGAUGGCCCAACGAUCGCGAACGAGAACAGGUGUACUUGUGGAAACUGUGUAAACAUGCCUACUGACUUAGAAAAUAAGUGUUGUGUAUAUUCACAUCUCGUGCAUGAAAAGGCGUCGGAAGCAGGCCUGGCCUGUAUUACAGACCAUGAGGGUUUCAAGGGGAACUGCCUCAACAGGCAUGUCAUCGAGAUGUGCCAUUACAGAUACAAUGAACAGAGGAAGGAUCUCAGCAAGUGUGGUGACAUUCAUGUGUAA